UUUCGACGGGAGCACCGGCGGCUGCCCACCGAACCACUAAACAUGCAGUGUUCCCUCUCAAGUGUCCUCACCAGGGGCAUCCACGGUCAUCCAGGAUGUCUUGAACGUCAGGGAUAGUACCUAGUGUAGUACCGCGUAGCGCUACCAUACCCUCCAUGGUCUCUACCAUACUUUUUGAGUACGUACUCCCCAAGCGAAGUGUGUGAGUGAGUGCGUGUAAACAUGGGUGAGCGUGUGUCCCUGUGCCGCCGUCCCGUAAGAGCGUUGCGUCUCUCUGGUCCAGUCAAACGUGUGAAUGGGACUGCUUAAUCUAUUUAGCCCUCCAAAGCCGCCGCUCCUGGGCAGAUGAUGGAGGGUCAAGAUCGACAUACUCUUCUUCCAGACCGAUUCUCAUAUAUCUGCCAUCUGGAGCCUCCUCCUCGUCCUCCUCCUUCUUCUACCGACCUCCUAUUUGAUCUCACUAGCAUAUUCACUGGUUGGAUUAUUUCUUUGAGGGUCGUCUUUCAGUUGUUUUCUUUUUGGGUUUUCUUAUAUCACGGGUUUCCUGGGUUCUGUUCGUCUCUUAACGGGUUUCGACGAUUUCCUAUUCAUCAUCAUCAUCAUCAUCACGAUACCCAGUCUCGGCAACAAAAAGAACCACUGGUGGUUAUUAGUUUUCUUUAGGAAGGCGGCUUUCAUUAUUGGACAACGACAAAAAGCAACAACUUACUUGAUCAUCUUUCUCAAUCACACUACACAACAACAAACACAACAUCACAAUGCGUGCCUCACUAUUCCUCUCGGCGCUCAGCGUCUCCUCCAUUAUGGCCGCCCCACUACUCCCUGAGAUCAACGCCCACUCAGCUCCCGCCGACUCCCUCAAGAAAAUAUCAGAGUACUUCAACCUCCUCGCGGUCAAGAUCCAACAAAGCAAGUUCGAGAGCGCCGUACCAACAUGUGAUCUCUCCAAGGUGGUCAUGCCCCAAGCUCCCUCUCCCCUUCCACCUCCUUCCUUCGGCCUAACCCUCCGCCACGUCGCCCUCGGCCGUGGCACCCAAAACUACACCUGCGACCCUUCCACCCCCACCGCGGCUCCCGUCGCCAAUGGCGCCGUCGCCUCUCUUUUCAACGCCUCCUGCAUCGUCUCCGCCUACCCCGACAUCGGCGCCAUGUUGUCCACUGUCUCCCUGAACUUCAACCUCUCCGACCUCGCCUCCAUCGCUUCCUCCGUCGCUUCCGCCCUCCCUUUCCCUCCUUCUUUUCUCAAACAGACCCUCGCGCCCACCUCCGGCAUGGCCGUCUCAGGCGCUCACUACUUCACCAACGCAUCCACGCCCUUUUUCAACAUGGAUGCCUCGCAGUGGAAGAUUGGUGAGGCGCCGUGUGCCAAGAACAGCAGUACGCCUGCCCCAGAAGCGGCGCCGAGGGGCCAGCAAGGGGAAAAGGCGGUUGCUUGGUUGAAGUUGGUUACACGCCCGGGAGCGACGGGCGGACUGCAGGAGGUGUAUAGGGUAGAGACGGCGGGAGGAAGCGCGCCCGAGACGUGUCAGGGGAUGCCGGAGCAUUUCGAGGUGCAGUAUGCUGCUCAGUACUGGUUUUAUGGCAACUAAAAAACUCUUCUGGGAUGUCACUCAGUGACUGAAUAUCGGAUGUGGAAAAUCAAACCAAAAACAAGCACCAAAAAAAAAGAUACCAUGUAUUUUAUGGAGGAGGCAUCUUCUUCUUCUUCUUCUUUUUGUUUCUUUUCUCUCCUUUGUCUUUGUUUCUCAACAAUUUUUCAUGUGCAAUCACUUGCAUAUUUAUACCUACCUACACCACAAAGAGGGCGUUAAUGGCGGCGCCAAACAGGCACAUUGUGUUGGAUAAAUGACAGAUGGAUAGCACGAGCUAUGGAUAUAAAACUCUUGUUAGUAAUACCGGGCUGACUGCCUGAUCAUCAACCAUGGUCGGAAGAGGAAAGGGUGAGAGAUUGCUGGACUUGAGUAGUGGGAGAUGAACAAAUAAAACCAAAUGUCAACAGAGGGUUGGUGCUAAAGUGAUAAGCGCAAUGACCGAGUGCUUACUAUGGAGAUUCACAGCCUUUUGGGUGAAGAGAAGGGGAUAGAUAGUAACUUGAAAUACGCAUGCUUGAGCCCUCGGCAAACAGUCUGCAAAAGAAUAGUAGACUUAGUAACGAUGUACGCCUUGGCAAUAAAUCGGCUGCUUCGUUUUGGUUUCCUCUCUAUACCUUGUCCUGUUUCUUGUCGGUACUCUGUGGUCUA